AGACGGGCGCGCUCUCGGGGGCGGGGGGGGUCAGUCCCGGUCCGGGCCCUCCGCACGGGUGGGCUCGGAGGAGGCCGCGCGGGGCAGCAACCUUACUCUCAUUCCGGAGGCCCCCUGCCCCCUCUUCCCCUUUCCCCCCGGCCCAUGGUGCGAGGCUGGGAGCCGCCGCCGGGGCCGGACUGCGGUGAGUGAUCCCCAGCUCCUUCGACUUCCCCUCCCAGACCCUCUACGAUCCCCGACCUCCGGAGCCCCAUCCCCGCGCUGGAAGGAGGAGAAUUCUAGCCAUACUCAGAAAACCAGCCAGGAAAGUGAGAACUCGAGUCCUCAGAGGUUCCUGGUGUUGCGUCCUCAUCUGAGACUUCUAAACUGAAAGAAGACUCAAGAUGAGACCUACUUGCUAUCUCUGACGAGCACACAUCAGAAAACACCAUGCCUCCUAAUAAAGAGGCCGGCAGUCUUAAUAGCUCCCCCGCGGGCCUCAUCUGUCUCCCUCCAAUCUCUGAGGAGCUACAGCUUGUGUGGACCCAAGCAGCCCAGACCAGUGAGCUGGAUGACAAUGAACACUUGCUACAAACUUUCAGCUACUUUCCCUAUCCCAGCCUAGCAGACAUUGCCCUCCUUUGCCUACGUUAUGGGCUACAGAUGGAGAAAGUCAAGACUUGGUUCAUGGCCCAGCGCCUCCGGUGUGGCAUCAGCUGGUCAUCUGAGGAAAUAGAAGAGACUCGAGCCCGAGUAGUGUACCAUCGGGACCAACUCCAUUUCAAAUCUCUUCUCUCCUUUACUCAUCACGCAGGGCGGCCCCCGGAGGAGGUGCCUCCUUCUCUUGGUGAGCCCACCCAGAUGAAAGGAUUGAAGGUAGAGCCUGAGGAAUCCUCUCAGAUACCACCAAUGCCACUGAGUCACCAGAAAGUAAAGGAGCCCUUGAGGGCACAUGGCAGUGGGGCGUUCCCUCAUCAAUCAGAUUUUUGGCAGGAUCUUCAAAGUAGUAGCCUCUCUAAGGAGCAGGCAGGAAGGGGUCCUGACCAGUCACAUGGCCUAGGCACUGCUUCCUGGAACCACUCCACAACUGCCCACCAGCCACGUGCUCGGGAGAAGCCCUCACCAUUCUCAUUACUUGCCAGUAGUUGUAAGAAGGAGUCAGCAUCUAGUGUGACUCCUUCCUCUUCCUCUACCUCCUCUUUCCAGGUACUAGCUAAUGGAGCUACUGCUGCUUCUAAACCCCUCCAGCCGCUGGGCUGUGUCCCACAGCCACUGUCACCCAAUGAGCAGGCACUACCCCCACAUCUGGAGCCAGCCUGGCCCCAAGGGCUACAGCAUAACUCCGUACCAGGUAGGGUUGGCCCUAUGGAGUACCUUUCUCCUGAUAUGCAACGCCACCAGCGAAAGACCAAGCGCAAAACCAAAGAGCAGCUGGCUAUCCUCAAAUCCUUUUUUUUACAGUGCCAAUGGGCACGGCGUGAGGAUUACCAUAAAUUAGAACAGAUCACUGGUUUACCUCGGUCUGAGAUUAUUCAGUGGUUUGGUGACACACGCUAUGCCUUGAAGCAUGGGCAACUGAAGUGGUUUCGGGACAACGUAGUACCUGGUGCCCCUGGUUUCCAGGACCCAACAAUUCCCACACCAUUGCCAUCAGCCCGCUCCUUGAAUGAAUGGUCUGAGACUCCACCUCUGCCCAUCCCCCCACCUCCACCAGAUAUACAGCCCUUAGAGAGGUACUGGGCAGCCCACCAACAGCUACGGGAAAGUGAUAUCCUUCAACUGAGUCAGGCGUCAAGACUUAGCACCCAGCAGGUACUGGAUUGGUUUGCCUCUCGAUUACCUGAGCCAGCUGAGGUGGUAGUUUGUCUAGAUGAAGAAGAGGAAGAGGAGGAAGAAGAACUGCCUGAAGACGAUGGGGAUGAAGAGGAAGAGGAGGAGGAGGAAGAUGACAAUGAUGAUGAUGUGAUCAUACAGGACUGAGAAGGGGGUCUGGGGGGAGGGGAGUCUGUUACUAAAAGAUGAACUAAUUUAGUAACUGUUUAAACAAAGAACCCACAUUUUUUUAAUUACCUUGUGGCAAAGAACUGAGAAGCUUUGUGUUCUUGGUGGUGGGGGAUGGGGAUGUAGGAAGGCUGGAGCAGAGAGGAUGACCACAGGGCACAAAGUGAGGUGGGGAUUAGACGGGCGGAAAUCCAGGUCUCUAACCUCAACAAAGAGUGCUGAGGACCUGGUUCAAACUAUGGGCUGGGAAACAACUCUUGCUAUCUUUGUAUCUGCUGCUCUCUUCCCUUAGUUUACCACAGAGACCAGACCUUGGCCCUACAUCUAUAGGAGGACUGGAACGGAGGAGUAAAAAAAUUGACGAUUCCAGUGCAUCCGCCAGUCCCACCAUUGUCCGUGGAAUAUGAGGCUGCCGUGCACCAUUCCUUUCUCUCUGAGCACAAGUCCACGGAUAAUGCAGCUAAGAAUCUCAAUAUAUCCCAGUCUCUUCACAUAUCUUUCUUCUUCCUCAUAACAACCUGACUCUGUGUUUUACCUGUUUCAUUACUGAGUCACACAGCUAGCACAAUGUUUUCGUUUUGGAUGCUGGGACCACUUUGCCUUGUACCUUUAUAUCUUUUUCCAAAAUCCCCUCUCUGUUCACUGUUUGUCUCAGGGUGAAUCUUCUCCAUGGAGCUUGUGAAAAAGUUUAAUAAUUGGGUGGGGAAUAAUUUAGACUGGAUAUUUAUUGGAGGUGGGAAUUAGAGGAGAUGUCCUUAAAAGAAGUAGAAUUAGGUUAGAGAGGGAUAGAGGCGAGGGGAUGAUUUCUACUGGUAAGAAGGACAGUGGAGGUAGGCUCCAGGUUUGGUUUUACAAUCCUGAUACUACUUCCUGCCCUGCUUGCCAGAGACUGGUUUUUCAUCUUUUUGGUGUUGGCUCAAUUUUGUCCAGAGAAAAGACUUUUCCCUCUUUUAUAGUGUCUGUCUUGAGAACAGAGGGACCAUCAUCUUUAACUGAAUUAUUAAUGUUUUAGAAUGGUUUUCAUCAGUUGGGGCCAGAUGUAAAGCAAAUAUCAAUGGAUAAUUAACCAUCUAAAAAGAGUGGAAGCCCCAAAUUGGUAGAAUAAUAAUAAUAAAAAGGCCAAAAAUAAAACUUUCUUUCUCCUCCACUUUGCUACUUAAUAUGGUUUAGGGAUUGAGGGACCCAAAUCCAUUAACAUUCUGACUUUUUUUUCAAACAGUCAUUUAACAAAGUCGACUGAUGAAUUAAAGGAGUAUCUAUCAAAGAGUACAAAGGACCUGGGCUUGUUGGCAACCUGAAAUACUACAUAGCUCAGACCCAAGCCCUUUACAGAGGAAUUUCAAAAUUGGGGUAUUUAGGAGAUUCACAUCUGACUUGUGGAACUAGCUGAGUUAAGAUUCAGUCUUCACUCUGGAUGUACAGUUAAGUUAAAUCUGAAAGCCUUCCCAGCUUAGCAUAUAUAUAUAUAUAUAUAUAUAUAUAUAUAUAUAUAUAUAUAUAUAUAUUUUUUCCUGUUUUGAAGGGGCAGGACAUGUUGAGGUCCAUCAAAAUAACAAAAACAGUGUUUACAAAGCAGUAGGUCAGCAUCUAUCACCAGACAUAUAAUUUCCCAGUCACCAGAUGGUAAUGAUCAAAAUUUCUGAGGCUUCAUCAGUGACAAAGAUACAACAGUCUUGGAGGUGACUCCACCUUGUCCAAAAGAGAAAGUGUCUAGGAAUGACAUUAAAAAUAAUAAAUUCAGAGUACCAGAAAGGGUAGUGGGAUCCUACUUCAGCUGCUGGGUCAUUCCCAAGACCUGCUAAUGGCAGAUGCCUGCUAUCAUGUUUUUCCACUAUUUUUGCUUAAGGCCUGCCUGCCAGUGGCCCACCCAUUUAAUCCUUCAUUUCUACCCCUUAUUACUGAAAGUGAAAUAAAGGUUUGACUUAUCUCAAUGGCAGUGCUUGCUCAUUCCACCAUUCUAGAGCUUGUAAUAGCAAUAGAACUGUAGUAACAAUUUUAUUAUCCACAUACUUUAGUAAGUUGUUAUCAUUUUGACAGAAAAGCAAAUCAACAUACAGGUAGUUCCCCGUU